GUUGGCUGGGGUGUUUACGGACAUAUUCAAUCAAUCCUUAUCCCAGUCUGCUGUCCCACAUGCUUCAAGAGGGCAACCAUUGUUCCUGUUCCCAAGAAAGCUAAUGUAACUGAGCUAAACGACUACCGCCCCGUAGCACUCACUUACGUCAUCAUGAAGUGCUUUGAGAGACCAGUCAAGGACCAUAUCACCUCCACCCUACCUGACAACCUAGACCCACUCCAAUUCGCUUACCGCCCCAAUAGGUCCACAGACGACACAAUCGCAACCACACUGCACACUGCCCUAACCCAUCAGGACAACAGGAAUACCUAUGUGAGAAUGCUGUUCAUCGACUACAGCUCAGCAUUUAACACCAUAGUACCCUCAACUCGUCAUCAACCUCGAGACCCUGGGUCUCAACCCCGCCCUGUGCAACUGGGUACUGAAGGUGAGGGCCCUCGGAGUGUGGUGUCAGGAAAAUAACCUUACACUCAACGUCAACAAAACAAAGGAGAUUAUCGUGGACUUCAGGAAACAGCAGAGGGAGCACCCCCCUAUCCACAUUGACGGGACAGUAAAGGAGAGGGUAGUGCGUUUUAAGUUCCUCGGCGUACACAUCACGGACAAACUGAAUUGGUCCACCCACACAAACAGUGUGGUGAAGGCGGCGCAUCAGCGCCUCUUCAACCUCAGGAGGCUGAAGAAAUUCGGCUUGUCACCAAAAGCACUCACAACUUUUACAGAUGCACAAUCGAGAGCAUCCUGUCGGGCUGUAUCACCGCCUGGUAUGGCAACUGCUCCACCCACAACCGUACGGCUCUCCAGAGGGUAGUGAGGUCUGCACAACGCAUCACCGGGGGCAAACUACCUGCCCCCUUGGACACCUACACCACCUGAUGUCACAGGAAGGUCAUAAAGCUCAUCAAGGACAACAACCACCCGAGCCACUGCCUGUUCACCCCGCUAUCAUCCAGAAGGCAAGUCGAUUCAGUCUUGCAUGGGUCUGUAAGACGCAGCAUCAUGAGUGGGGAGCCAGAUGCUUUGGCUGUGGUGAACCAGCUGAGGGAUCUUGCUGCAGAUCCCAUGAACAGAAGAGCCAUCGUUCAGGACCAAGGUUGCUUACCGGGACUCAUCAUUUUUCUGGACCACCCCAACCCCCAGGUUGUCUACUCAGCACUCCUGGCUGUGCGCUACCUCGCAGAAUGCCGUCAAAACAAGGAGAAAAUGAGGGGAGAGCUUGGGAUGAUGUUAAGUCUUCAGAAUGUCAUGCAAAAGACAACCACCCCGGGAGAGACCAAACUGCUGGCCUCAGAAAUCUAUGAACUCCUCCAGGCCUCUAACACUGAGGAUGCAUACAAGCCCAAGGAGCCCUCCUGCAGACGUAAGCCCCAGUUCUUCCUGGGCUCCACCAACAAGCAGGCCAAAACAGUGGUCCUCCACAUAGAUGGCCUGGAUGACUCUAGCCGGAGGAGCCUUUGUGAAGAGGCCCUGUUGAAGAUCCGAGGUGUCAUCAGCUUCACAUUCCAGAUGGCCGUUAAGAGGUGCAUCAUCAGAAUCCGCUCAGACCUGAAGGCAGAGGCUCUGGGUUCUGCCAUCGCAUCAACUGAAGUAAUGAAAGCUCAACAGGUGGUCAGGGGAGAGGAUGGAAAUGAGGUAAUCAUCCCAUUCCCAGAGGAUGGUUCGGUAGCAGUGGAGCAGAAUGUGAAUCUUCCAGACUAUCUUCCAGAGGAGGAGAGCCCAUCCCAGGAGCCAGACAAGGCUGUAACCAGCGUGGGCACAGGGCAGGACGGAGCAGGCUGGCUAGGCACUGCUGCUAACUUUCUGUCCCGCUCUUUCUACUGGUGACUCCCAGACCACUUACACCUCUUCAGACAGAAUCAGGCUCCCAGCUGCCAAAGAGCUGGACUGCCAAAGGCAAUGUGUAACAACAAACGAUUCCAACGGUAUGCAGUACACUCAUGCACGCACCCACAAUCUUACACACACUCCCACCUGGCACCAUACAGAAUCACCAAGCCAUUGAGGGAGAGGACCAGCUUCUGGAAUGGAUUCUUAUUUCUUAUCUUUUGGGUUUUGAUUGAGAGCUAGACUAUUCUUUCUGCAAAUGUAAAUGGGUCCAUGUAUUUGAAAACCAAAAUGUCUUAUUGUGAGGAGCUUUAUUGUGGCACCAUUUAAUAGGAAUUGAUCCAUCAGAAUCGUUGCCACAAAAUGAAGUUCCUGUAGUUUGAUUUCAGAUCCUUCAAAUCAUUCUUUCUGGGUCUUUUUGACUGACCUUUGAACAAUAACAGACCUCCUUCCUUAUUUUCUCAAUGCGUAUUGUAGAAUAUGCAGUAAUCAGCAUGUGUCCAGUUAUGGUGCCUUUCGUUUCAUUCUGUUUACAUGGAUGCCCUUGCAUGACUGACUGUCUGCUUUAGUUCUGAAGCCUGUAAGGCUCCUUACUUUAACAUACCAAAGGUUACUGAUGCAGACACUGUAUCAACUUGUGUGGGUACUCUUUAAAUUCCAAUGCCAACUUAAAUCAUUCAUGAAAUAUAUGUGGAGGAUUAUGAGCAAUGUUUAAUGGACUGUGUGGCUGGUUGGAGAAGAGACGUUUUAUCUACAGUAAAAGCAUGAAUAUUUUGCACAGUCUGAACAUUGUGGUAUUCUCUAACAAUGUGCUGUCAUGCUUUAUUGGCUUGGUAUUACUCAUUACAGAACAAUAUUAGGAUAUAUUUCCUAAGGAAGAGGAUUGUUCCUCUUUAAGGUACAGCCUCUGACAAUUUUUGGGGAACAACAUUCCUUUCCCCAAUGUCUUGUAUGAUUUAGCGCAUAGUUAAAAAUAAGACAAGGCUAAACAUAAUCUCUCGUGGACAGACUACAUAAACAUUAAUGGUUGAGCAUUUGACCAAAUUACGCAAGAUUUUAGUUCUGGGCAUACCGAGAUUAGGCUAAACCUAACAUUAUUUUUCUCUAAAUAUAUGUAGAUGGAAAUACACAUUGUGUUAGAUUUUAAUUGGAAAUGCAUUGGCCAGCAGUGUCCUUAAACCUGUGGUUAAACUCAUGUGGGUGCUGCCUUCUGUCAGGGUCAUCUGUAAGUGUUGAACAGUGAAUGUUUUGAAUUGUUUGGUUAAUUUAAUGGAUCACUUGUCCAUUACCCAGCUUCUGAAAUGGUUAUGUUUUCAGCGCAUGUUACAGUGUAUGAAUGGGAAAUGUUUCUGCUGAGUUUAUUACUGUUCAAAGUAAAUCUCCACAUAACAAUCCCUUUUUAAAGUUCAGCCACUGUCUCAAGGAAAAGUUCAGUUUCUGCCAAGUGUUUCUUGAAAGUGUAAUUUUCUGUCUAUGGAGGGGGGAAAAAAAUCAUUGUAUAGAAUUGUCUAGAAAUGUACUGUUGUCCUCUCCUUGUAUUUGUGUGUUGCUUGCAAAAACAUGUCCUAUAGACUCUCCCACCUCGUACAAUCACACCUGACUAGAUUGUGACCAUCAUGCCAGGGCAGAAUGCAUGCUAUUUGCAAAUACUGUAUAGUUGUUCACACUCAAUCAAUGUGCAUUGUUUACCAACAAAGUCAUUCACUAGAAAUAUGUUAAUGUCUUUGUAUUGUUAUUGAUUUGCUUUUCCCCCCCCAGAAACCAUUUAUUAGAUCAACUAACAUUUAAUCAGGUCGGCCUUUUUGUUUGCCAGCUUUAUUCGACUCAGGGGAAAUUUCUAUCAUAUAAUCCACGGUCUAAUCACUCACGUAUUACAACCUGUUUGAGUUGGUUCUUUCCACCGAUAAUGUAUGAACACCAAUCACAGGAAUGUUCUGUGUGUAUGUAUGCUGCCUGUCAGUUUGUCUGUAGUGUUAUGGGCCAUUGUGAGUGAGCUGUAUGUUCCUAAGAGUUAUAUAAAAUAAUAUUAAAAAACAAUGUUAUUAUAUGAAAUGUCCAAUUGUUAAUUUUAUGGAUGCUGAUGGGAUAGGGUACUGCCUUGAAUUGAGGAUAUGACAGUUUGUUCAACAUGACAAUUAAAAAUGUACACAAUAUAACAUGG